AUGGGCCCCGAGAGGGUCCACCGCGUGUUCAGAGACCCCGUGAGCUCGACGCGCUCGGCGAUCGAGCGCAGAGACGCGGUUGAACUCAUCACCAUUCAACCGCUCAGUUACGACGCUUGGCUCGCCGCGUGGAGUGGGAACGAGGGCGAGGAUCCACUUCGAGGACAGCGAGCGAGCGAGGAAGAGCUCGAACGAGUCGUGACGUCGGUACGGGCGCACGCGAGGGAGGAGACGUGUUGCAUUUGUCUGAAUUCUAUAGCGGCGGGUGAGCGAGAGAGCGCGCUGCCGUGCGGACACGGGUUUCACGAGAAUUGCGUCGGAGAGUGGUUGAGACGGUCGAAGCGGUGUCCGCAGUGUCGGAGAUCGUUAGCGGGAGAGCAUGUGGAGAACGCCGCGGCGGUUGGGGGCGCCGGAGUAGAGAUCACCGAGGAGAACGCGCCGACGCCGGAGGACAUACCGUGGUCAGCGACGAGCGAUCACGAAGCGAGCGAGGAGAGCGAGCAGAUGCGAAGGGAGCGAUAUAGGUCAGUGAUGAUGGUUUUACACGAACUUAGGAGAGACUUUGAGGAGGUUUUGCGUAGAGAAGUAGUCGAACGUGGCAACGCAGAGGAAGGCGCCGAAAGAGUGCGAGCUGCCCUACGCGCCCUCGACGAGAGCGACGACAUUGUACCAACAAAUCCACAGCAUUCAUCACUGUAA